CUGAACGCAGCAUGUAUCAGCAGCCUAGCCUCGGGCUAACGCAGACAAACACAAACGGGCUUUGUGAUUUCACUCACUUCUGUGCCCACAGCACAUCUACACAGCGCUGUUAGCGUUCAGACAAAACAGAGUUGAGCCAUGGCUGAUUUUCACAUCCGGAAAUAUCGUGAUGAAGACGAGGAGGCAGUGAAGGAGACCUUCACCUUGGGGAUGAGCGAGCAUGUGCCUUCAUCCUUCAUGCUUGUCCUGAAACAGCCACCGACGCAGAUGGUGCUCAUGUGCGUGUUCUGUGCUCUCUUGACCAGCUCAAAGUCCUUCCUGCUGCCCAUCCUGGCUGUCACUCUGUUGCUGGCCGCAGUGCGACAGGCAGUCGUCUACAUGUUUAACAAAUACAUCGACACCUGCCUCAGGAUUGACCUCAAGAACAUCGGCGAGACCUACCUGAAGCAGAAGGACUCGUGUUUUUGGGUGGCUGAAAGUGACGGCCGGGUGGUCGGCACAGUGGCGUGCCUCCCUGCUGAGACGGUGCCUGGAUGCUUGGAGCUGAAACGCAUGUCUGUUUGCCGCAGUCACCGCAGGAUGGGCAUUGCUAAGGCUCUGUGUCGGACAGUAGUGGACUUCUCCUGUGAGAGGGGAUGUCCCGCAGUCAUCCUGUACACCUCUGUGGUGCAGACAGAUGCUCAGAAGCUCUAUGAGAACAUGGGCUUUGAGAAGCUGAGAGAGUUUGUUGUGCCUGAGCUUGUAGCCAAAAUCAUGAACUUCACUUUGUUUGAGUACAGACUGGAUUUACAGAGAGAAGGUCAAAGAAACUGAAUCUGGCAUCAAGAAUUCAGGGGAACUGUGACAUUAAUGUUCUAGUUUUUUUUCUAGUGAUUUUCCUGCUGACACGACACAACCAACCACUCAGGGCAGAAUCAAUCACUUAUUGUUUCAUAAGAAUGUUGUAAAAGGUUUUUAAAAUAGUCUGCUAUGCCCAUCACCAGUUAUUGAAGGUUAAGUUCACUGUGGUUGUAUGAGGCACUGAAACAGUCGCUAAAAACACAGCUGCCACCGAUGGCACAAGGAAAAAGUCUUUCUGACUGGAAACUGACGUUUGUGUCACUCUGUAAACUGCUCACUCUCUUACACCAAAGCCCAUACAUACAAUCAUCUACUGCUGCCUCCAUCAUUAACUUUAAAUGUGUUCAUUUGUUUUUAUCUUAGUGACACAAACGCAUCAAAUAAGGCAGCCGUGGAGCAGCAGCUCCUCUGUCCCUGCAAGCUAUAAAUGCUGAUUUUCUCCAUGGGGUUUGGUGCAGGAGAGUGUGGGGUUUACAAACUUAAAAAGGAUGUCUAAUGGUGGAGAUUAAAGGGGAAACACAUUCUUAAGAUAGUUCAGACUCGCGCAGGUAUAGAUUUAAUCAGGUUAUUAUUGCUUUAAAUGAAUUACUGAAAUAAUGGUGUUCACUGAGGCAGUGGAACAUGUGCUUUGAACACAUUAGAUGGCUCCAUGUUACAGAUGUUUCAUACUGUGCAUCCCUAAAACCUUUCAGUGACACACGUUUAACAUUUUACUAAAUGGUCGUCGUGUUUUGCUCUUACGUUAAAGUAAAUUUGAUCACAAGGCAGUCAGAGAUGGCAGACUUCAUAUGUUGGCAAGUGCUGAAGCACACACACACACACAGACAGACAGACAGACAGACAGACCCACCAAAAACAAAAAGUGAUUCAUCUGUGGCCUGUACAAUGACAUUCUGUUGUGAACAUGAAGAUGAUGCACUUUAGAGAUGAAGUCGUUGGUCUGAUGUUGGAUUAUAAUCUGCUCCUGUAUUGGCGACAUAAAAAAACCCUUGUACUUCACCUUUUCUUCUACAAUGCCA